AUGCCGAUUUGCGUUAAAAGUUUAAUCAAAUACAUACACAAAUUGCAGAAGGAUAUUGAUAUUUAUAGUAUUUAUUUGGCAACGGAUUAUCCGCUAGUGAAUGCGGGUAGAAAGAAGGCGCAAUCAUCAACAUUUCAUAUCAUAUCUGAACAACAUUAUGAUGCGAUUAAAUUAUUAAACAACACAUUUACUUUAAAUACUUGGGCAUCAAUGAAAGCAUUGGAUGUCCUUUUUUAUAAAUUUCCCGAAUAUAAAAAAGAAAUUAAUGAGGAAUUUACAGGUUCUGGAUUACAAGGAAUAUUUGAUAAAUUAGUCAUGAUAAAUUCGAGUUAUUUUAUUUCUGGGCCUAAAGGUUGUGUUUAUAUAAGAUCGAAAUUUACAAAAAAAAAUUGA